CUCAGCUCUGAAUCUCCAUCCGUGGUUUUCAGCGAAGCAUCCCAGACCCAGGACCGCAGGCGGCCGGCCGAGGACUGCCCACGGUUCGAGGAGAUCACUGCUCCCGGAAUUGGAUCCACACUCCCAUUCCCGGAGCGGCGCCGGCUAGGAGCUGAAGCCCAGCCAGCGGCGCCGGAGCCGCUUCGUGGCAGCUUGUCUUGGGAGGGAUUUCGUAAAAGGGAAAGAAACCAACAGGUUGAAAGACUGAAGAAGCCAGCUUUACUCGGGACUGAGAAAAGUGUUUCCGUUUCUGCUGCCAGUCUUGGUUCCUAGGAGGGUGAAGCAGAAAGGGGACGGAGCUGUAGUGAUUCGAAAGCAGGGCAGAGAUCAGAGAUGGCUCGCCCUGACCUGGACUCGCUGCCUGGGCUGCCGGAGCCGCCGCCACCGCCACUGCUGUCGCUGCUGCUGCUGCUCCUGGGGCAGCUGGCGGGGCGGGGAGAGGCCUCCUCCAAGGCCCUAGUGUGCCAGGAAAUCACGGUGCCCAUGUGCAGGGGCAUCGGCUACAACCUGACGCACAUGCCCAACCAGUUCAACCACGACACCCAGGACGAGGCUGGGCUGGAAGUGCACCAAUUCUGGCCCCUGGUGGAAAUCCACUGCUCGCCGGACCUGCGCUUCUUCCUGUGCUCCAUGUACACGCCCAUCUGCCUGCCCGACUACCCCAAGCCCCUGCCUCCCUGCCGCUCGGUGUGCGAGCGAGCCAAGGCCGGCUGCUCCCCGCUCAUGCGCCAGUACGGCUUUGCCUGGCCAGAACGCAUGAACUGCGACCGCCUCCCGGUGCUGGGGGACGCCGAGACCCUGUGCAUGGACUACAACCGCAGCGAAGCCACUACGGCCCCUCCGCGGCCCUUCCCGGCCAAACCCACACUGCCCGCCCCGCGCAGCUCGGCGUCCUCUGGCGGGGAGUGCGGCGCCUGCAGGUGUCGGGAUCCUUUCGUGCCCAUAGUGAAAGAAACGCACCCGCUCUUCAACAAGGUGCGCACCGGCCGGGUAUUGAACUGCGCGGUGCCCUGCUACCAGCCCACCUUCAGCCCGGACGAGCGCACCUUCGCCACUUUCUGGAUCAGCUUAUGGUCCGUGCUCUGCUUCGUCUCCACCUCCACCACGGUGGCCACUUUUCUCAUAGACAUGGAGCGCUUUCGCUACCCCGAGCGCCCCAUCAUCUUCCUGUCGGCGUGCUACCUCUUCGUGUCGUUGGGCUUCCUCGUACGCCUGCUCAUGGGCCAUGCCAGCGUGGCCUGCAACCGUGAGCAUAGCCACAUCCACUACGAGACCACCGGUCCUGCACUCUGCACUGUCGUCUUCCUGCUUGUCUACUUCUUCGGCAUGGCCAGCUCCAUCUGGUGGGUCAUCCUUUCCUUCACCUGGUUCCUGGCGGCCGGCAUGAAGUGGGGCAACGAGGCCAUUGCGAGCUACUCGCAGUACUUCCACCUAGCUGCCUGGCUCAUCCCCAGCGUCAAGUCCAUCGCCGUGCUGGCCCUGAGCGCUGUGGAUGGCGACCCCGUGGCUGGCAUCUGCUACGUGGGCAACCAGAACCUAGACUACCUGCGGGGCUUCGUGCUGGCCCCGCUCGUGGUCUACUUGCUCACGGGCACGCUGUUCCUGCUGGCGGGUUUCGUGUCCCUGUUCCGCAUCCGCAGCGUCAUCAAGCAGGGAGGCACCAAGACGGACAAGCUGGAGAAGCUGAUGAUCCGCAUCGGCCUUUUCACCGUGCUUUACACCGUGCCUGCCAGCAUCGUGGUGGCCUGCUACCUGUAUGAGCAGCAUUCCCGGGAGAGCUGGGAGCGGGCCAUCACCUGCCCGUGCCCCGCAGGGGAACCUGGGCAGCCCCGGGCCAAGCCGGAGUACUGGGUGCUCAUGCUCAAGUAUUUAAUGUGCCUGCUCGUGGGCAUCACCUCGGGGGUCUGGAUUUGGUCGGGGAAGACGGUGGAGUCCUGGAGGCGCUUCACCAGCCGCUGUUGCUGCCACCCGCGGCGGGGCCACAAGUCGGGCGGGGCCAUGGCUGCCCGGGACUACGCAGAGGCCAGCGCAGCCCUGACCGGCUGCAGGACCGGGGCUCCUUGCCCAGGUGUGCCCGCCUACCACAAGCAGGUGUCUCUGUCUCACGUGUAGGGGAGCCCGACUGGCCGCGCAGGCUGAAGGGCUGCGUGUUGGAGGCAUGGGAUUGGGGGAGGUCGGGGAAGUUGUUUUGAACAACUGAUUUUGGUAGCUUUUUAACAGGUCAUUUGUUUUGACUUCAUGGUGCUGCUGCUGCUGCUGCUUCACUUCGGAAUUUGGGAGGAGGGAGAAGAGACAAUUUUGAGGUGGAACAUAAGAUAGAUAGUCCCGGGACUUCUGAAGGGACCUCGCUUUUUAAAUAUAAUUUUUAAAAAAUUUUCUCAUUUUCAAUCCUGUGUGGGUACAAGUUGCUUUUUGGCAAUGAACCCUACCUUGGCUUUGGGGAGGAGGGAGGGCUGGCUUUAAAUGCUGAGAUUGGGCAUUAUAAUGAAGUUCAACUGUAUCUGUUUUUUAUGAACUUGUUUCUAGCCUGUUAUGCCCUGAAAAAGAUGUUUUGUUUUUUUAAUGUGAACAGGGUAAGUUUGGGCAUCUGAUUGUGGAGUGGUGGAGCCAAAAGGCCUGUCCCCAGCUCACACCAGUACAAAGUGUUCUUGUGUCUUUAAGGCUAAUCAUGUCUGUUUUGUGUGGCUAUUUGUUCCUCGGAACUGGGAAAGCGCGAAAUUCUAUCUAAGUGCUUUGAAACUUCACGUGUUCAGGGUCUUCCAAAGUGACAAGGAGGAGGGGAGCGGAGGGAUGGCAACUUCUGUUUCUCAAGCUUGUUUGCUACAUCCUAUUCUCUAGGAAUUUUGGUUCUGGAGGCAUAGUAUAACCUUAAAGUUAAAGGUAGUGCCCUUAAACUCUCUGGUGCAAACUUUUGGAGGCUUUUGAAAACUAGGUAGGCCGAGCUGUUACUUUCAAGCCUUGUGAAACUUGUUAGCUGUUGGUCGAGUCGGAGGAACUUCAACUCAAGUGCCGGACUUAAAGGGGAAAUUUGCCUAAAGCCAGGACAAGUUACGUAAGGUACCUACUUGUGGAAGGACUUAGUUUGCUUGUUUCCACAUAGAAGCUAUGUCUUAAUCUGUUUAGUAUUUUAGGAUGCGUGGGAGAAAUCUCUUUAAAAAUACAUUCAGCCGUGUUUUUCUUUGCCACAACCAUCCAAACAAACACCCCCACCACCUCAUCAAGUGCAUCACCUGAAUAUUACGUGUUAACCUGGGAAGGACUUGACUAGUGCAGUCCUAACACUGACCCUUGUGGUUUACCAGGGUCCUUUUGCCUCUCACUUCAACUCGAUGCUGGCAUUCCCGUCGGUCUAUCCUUCAAUGAGUGCUGCAGUUUAGCAGCACCUCUUUCUUGUCCAUCCCAUUUCCCUCCCCCUUGUUCCCUGUGGGCACUGGCAGUUUUGGCCUGUAAGGUGUUCAGUCCUGCCUUCCCUGGCCUUUAGAAAUUUAGAAAUCCAGGGGUGAGGAGCUAGAGAAGAAGAGCACAGCAAAGAAGGACAAAGAAACGUUCCCACUUCUGGAUAAGUUUAAGGCCAACUGGUUUCAAAGCUGCCUGGGCUCACUGGCUAGCUAAUUCAUGGAGCUCUGGGUCUUCUGUAGCUUCCCCUGGUCUUUUGGAGUGUAGUCCAUUGGGCGGCCACUGCCCCAGCAAGCUUCUCCCAAUAUUAAUCUAAAAGCUUUUGUCUGGUACGGAGAGAACAAAUGAGUACAUACUUUACAGGUUGGUCCCUGAGCAGUCUCAACAGUCCAUGUUUGCUUUCCCAAUCUAAUUAACCACUGAUCAAAAGCCAUUGAGGUUAUUAAGCAGAGGAGGGGGGAGACCACUCAUGAUUUUUUUUUUCAAACAAGACUUGGUGAGAGCUGAACUUGAGCAAACUGAGUACCCAAAGUAAUGAAAAUUUACUCUAGCUGUCUAGCAAGCAAAUCCUUAAUAUGGGAGGCCCGGGCCUUUCAGUUAUUAUUUGCACUAACAUUACAUCUACACAUUGGCAAAGUGAAGAAAUGUAUGCCAAGGCAGGUCUUUGUUUCUCAGUCCUAAGUACUGAAAAAUGCACAGUCCCUAAUGGGAACAAAUGUAGAUGAGUUUUGCCAGGGUAAAACAUGGGGUUGGUAGAUAGGAGGGGAAUUCCAAAAAUAUCCUUGGGAAAGAUGAUUUCUAGACCCCUAAGUCUGUCCUCAGAAUGCAUGAAUUCUUUGUAGUGAGAAAAUUACAUUUUUUUGAGGCACCAAACACAAUUUUCAUGUGAUAAGAACUGCAUUAGGUGCUACCUUCCAACCAAGUCUAUACAGGUGAUCUCUUACCUGGGGAAAAGAGAGAUGAGAAUUGAAGGGCUUAGAGUCUAAGCUAGUUUUGAGUAGUAAGGACUAGACCUCAGAAUGGAAAAGCUGUGGCAACAGAAAGUUUGGUUCUUUCUAGGAGACAAGUGGGGGUUGAGGGAGUGGCAUUGCUCUGUACCCUUUUCUCUCUCUGCUUUAUUUGAGAGCCUCAUCCUGGAUUCUUCUGGAGAGUAUUUCUCUUUAAAGCCAAAAACCCUUCAUGGAGGAAGCACCUUCAUUCGUCACUGUUGGGAUUUCCUUCUGGCACCCAGUCAGUUUCAUUUGAUAGUAUAAAUAUGUAGUAUAUAUUAGUUAAAAUUGUCACCAAUUUGAGUUGGCCUUUUGCAAUUUUCUAUUUUCAGUAUAGAAAUGUAGGUUGUGGAAUGAGGUGGAGAAAAUGAAAAAAUCUGGGUAGUUUGCCAAAAUGCCAACUGCAGGCAGGUUGGCUAGGUGGUUUAUUUUUUUUUUAAACCUAUAUUUUAGUAAAUGAAAACAGGUUACCACUGUAGAGGGCAAAACUUCUCUGAAGCCAGGCAGUACUUACAGGGUUAAAUUCCUCAUCUUUGCACUUUCAUGGAUAGGUAAGAGUACUGCUGCUGUUAGAUGAAUUCUCCUACCCCCUAAAGCCUCAUAUCCUUUAUUAGUUGCCUUAAAAACCUGUUAAGUUUUUGUCUUUUAAAAGAGAAAGAGACAAAACCUUACAUGCCUUUCCCAAGUCAUAUAUUGUUAUCUCACCUUCGUGAGUAUUUUGACAAGUAUCAGCCUUUCAAAUCCAUUCCUUGUGACACCAUGUAGCCAUUCCCCCCCCCCCACGCCACCUCUGCUUUAGACUUAGAUGGACAUUUGAGUCACUACCAAGGCUGGCAGACUCCUCUACCACUACAGCCAGGGGUGUUUUUAGUUUAAGCCCAACUAUACCCAAGCAGCCUUUCCUUGGUUCAAGUUAAAGCACUAUAAAUUAGAGAUCAUAAUGCUAAGCAAGCUACCCUGAAGAAGCAGAAUUGUCACCUCAGUAAUCCAUAUAUCAAGGUGGCAAGUUUUCAGGAAACCUGUUGACUUUUAUAUCACAGUUUGAAAUUGUCUAAAUUACUGGGAGGUGCCUUCUCGGUUUGAAAUCGAUACAAAGCUCUUUCUCCCUUUCUAUGGAAUCUGUGAACUUGUCUCCCAACUCUGUGUGUGUGUGUGUGUGUGUUUUGUUUGUGUGUUUUUAAGGUGCAAAACAGCUUACAAAGUGGGACAUUCAUUACAAUACACUGAGCCAGGGCUGCACUCACUGUACCACUGGCUACUAGGAGAGAAAACCUCCUGGUUCACACAUAACAGCAUUCUCAUGCACAGAAUAAGAAUCCCAAAGCUAAGAAAUCUACUUGUAUAUUUUUAAUUAACUGCUACCUGAACCUUAAAAGGGCCUUGUUAACUUUUGUUUUCUACAGAAGGAAUAAGAGGCUGAAAGGGAGAAACUUUGAAAAUCCGCUUCUUGACACAAAUGGAAUAUAUGUGUAGUCAUCAGGACUGUAAACAACACUCACCUUACACGUUUGGACAGGGGUGGGGGACCCUGGACAGUUAACCUGAUCUCUGCUAGCCUUUCCCAAUUUUCAGACAGCCGCCUGGGACAUAGCAACUGGCCUACUCCUAAAGAAGGCCGUUGAAUGCCAUGCUUAACAAAAGUUGAAGGAAACAGGGUUCAAACACCUACCAAGGAAUUAGGAGGAUGACAGAAGAGCAGAAUAGGAUGGGAAACUCCACUGGUUUGGAUCCACUUUAACCAACAGUGUAUGGUACAUCUUUUGAGACAGAUGUUGUUACAAACUAUGUAAAUGUAAUUUUGUUUUGUGGUUGUGUGUGUGUGUGUAUAUAUAUAUACAUACAUAUAUACAUAAUAUAAAUAUAUAUUAUAUAUAUGAGAGAUUUAGUGACCUUUGAUACGGGUUUGGUGCAGGUGAAUUAAUUACUGAGCCAAAUGGAGUCAGUGGUUAGUUGAGUCCAGGGCAUUAAUAAUUUCUCUAAUAGCUAUUUAAUUUGUAUAGUGCCUAUUUCAUUGCAAUACAGUAACUACCAUCCUGACAAAUCACAUCUUACUGAAUAGGGGGACCAUUCAUCUCUGGCAGUGGUAGUUCUACAUUUCAGACAACUUGGAUCCAUAAGUUAGUAAUGAGAUUAUAAUUCUGAAUCCAUCGCUCAAGGAGUGGUUAUUUUGUGCCCUGUAUUCAGUAGACAAAACAGUUUUAUGUUAAUGUUUAGUCUCCAGAUACUUAAAUUGCUGACUUUGUUACUUCAAAAAAUUUUUUGUAUAUAUUAUAUUUGUGAAAAGGUAAAAUCAUCUGAGAUUUUAUAAAAUUAUGGAGAUUAGUUAUUUAUGAGAAAACAAAGAAAUGUCUAUUUUUUUCUUUGUUCCUGAUUAAUGUAGAUUAAAAUAAAAACCAUUAAAGCAAUGGGAAAAAAUGAGAUGAUGCUGUGGAAAUGAGUUUUCUCCUCUCUGUGGGAGAAAGGGCUUUCUAAGAAAACCAGUGGGAUAUUAUUCCUCAAAACUGACCCAGAUUCUCAAAUUCUCUUCCUACACUGAUGGUGAAUCUAGAACUAGGUUGUCCUUAAGAAGUAUUAAAUUUAUUAAUGCUAAAAUUUGUUGACAUGAAAAUUAACUAUGCUUCAAUGAAGGCUCAAACCCCCAGUGAUGCUUCUUGAGAAUCAUUAAUAUAUUUUUUUUAAAAAAUCUUCACCCUAUUCAUGACAAACAAGGCUUCUUACUUUAUUUCAGCUCUAGGCUAGAUUCAGGGUAACAGUAAGCUGGAAAAUGUUGAACGAACCUGACAGUGGAUGACUGAAAAACUUGGGUAAAUAAAGCUUAAUUAUUUACUUUAAUCUCUUAAUUUCAAAUAGUACCAAGCCAAUCUAGGAACACUGGAUAUGGCUUAAUUGAAGCUCUGUUUGAUCCUAUUCAGGUCCAAGGAGGCAUCUGAAUGAAGGAGACAGAGAGCACACAGAUCCAGAAUCCAAAGGCUAGUACCAAAUUCAUGGAAAGAGCUAUGCCAAAGAAGACUAAAGAUGGUUCUUCUUGGCUAACUGGCAUAGCUACCUCAGUGGAGACUCAAAUUACUUUCCACCAGCUGAGUCAGUCUAGUGAGGUUUUAAAAGAAGCCAUUCUAAUGCAGGGAUUACUGCAAAGUUUCUUCCUAUGAUUCUCUGUGGACUGGAUGUAUUAGAGAGAAGCUACAGAACCUUGGGAAGACUGCCAACGCAGGAAAAUACUACCAAGUCUUCUCCAGGUUCCACGACGCCUGGCUGACGACCUGGGUUGCCCUCUUGUGGAGCUGUAGUCAUAUGCCAGAGUCCACCUACCCAAAUCUUUAUUAAUCCAUUUCGGUAAAUGGUUCAGUUCCUGUUGAGAAAUAAAGCAAAAGAGAGAUAAAAUGAAAUUAUGCUAAAUGACACUUUCAAUUAGAGUGCUACGCAUGCCAAUGCUUACCUGACCUUGGCCAUCUCCUUUCCCUUGGGCUUAAUGUGUAUUUGGAUUAUAUGUAAUUAUUUCCACUCUUUUCCUAGUCACUGGCACCUAGGACGGUCACACUAACACAUAAUUCUAUACCAUGAAAAACAUAGCAUCGAAUAGGAUGACUGAUUAUUAGAAUAUCAAUAAUCACCUUCUUUGAUUUUGCAGUUUUUUAACUGUACAGAUAUUAUGAACUAAUGAGUUUCUUAAACAUAACAGAUGAGUAAAAAUUUGUCAGAUUUAUCAUUUACCAAUCAUAUGAGGUCCAGUUAUAUCAGCUGUCGAUUCACAGACUUGUCCUCAGCCACCCUAAGCACCAAGCAAGAAGGCAUAAUAUCAUAAUUUAGUGAUGAUUUCUUAAACUCAACAGCUAUAAAAAAAAUAUCCUAAAUCUCCCAAGAAGUCUUUAGAAGGAAAUUCAACCUCUUCUACCUGCGUGCUUUCUGGGUACAUGACCCUUUCACCCCCACUGGUAUGAGAGAAAAUCAUGUAAAAUAAUCUAGUGCUAUUAAGUCAAUUUUCCAUAUCCUAAGUAUAGUUUAAAAUAGGAUUUUGGAGACUGAAACACACGAACACCAAUUUCUUUAGGGGUAAGGGAAAUUUCCUGAUGGUUUUUCACAACUUCUGUUAUAGUACAUUGGCCUACUUUCUAUAAUUCAUGAUUUCCAGGACUAUUUUAAACCUUUGACUCAUGAACAAAUUCUACACCUUGCAAACUAAUUAAUCUUUCGAAAACAAUUCUUAGCCUUAACAGUGACAUCAAAUAAUUCACUGAGCUCAUUCAUUUCCCCCCAUAGGUUAAAGUUAUUUUUAAUAAUGACUGCAUUUACCUAAUGCUAGAGUUUGCAAAGUACAUUCCAAGGUUUGACCUGAACCUCUCAAAAUGCUUGUGAGGCAGACAUUAUCACAUCAUCACAAUUUUACAGAUAAACCCAAGAUCCCAGUUUGGUGACUUGCUGAUGGUCAUACAACAAAGUAUCAGAAGCAGGAUUUGAAUUUGGGUCUUCUGACAUAUAAGCAUGCUAUGCCACCUUGCCUAUCAGGAUGCUUUGGAGCUAGCAAUGACAUGCAGCAUACAGGAUCUAAUCAUUAAAAUGCCAGUUCUUUAUUACUGACCCAGAAGUACAUUCUAAUGGCCUUAGGGGAAGGGGAAAACAUGAAGAUCUCUCGGCCAAAGCACAGCAGCUGGGGUGGAAAGAAGGCUGGACUUGGAGGCCCCUUGGUUGGGCGAGGCAUUUAUUUGACUUCUGAGUCUCAUUAUGUGCAUCUUUGAAAUAAGGGAGCUGGAAGAGGUAGCCUCUGGAUUCCACGAAGAUGCUAAACAUAGGAUCACAAAAUCCAUUCUUUCAACUCGUUUAAAGAAAAAUACACACCAAAUUAUCUUCAGAUCUUAUCUGAUAUACCUUAUACAUUUUACACAAUUUAAAGAGCAAAAUAUUCUUCAUUUGCAAAACAUUAGUAAAAUACAAUCUGAAUAUGAGAACCAAUUUUAGGUAAUGAUGGAUAUUUAUCAAAUGGAUAUUUGUGAACAAGCAUACUGAAAGUUUGAAAAUGCUUUUGGAACUCUGUUAGGUCCAAAGAAUGAAAAAAAUGAAUUAAAAACACCUAGGUCAAGCUUUGUUAAGGACCAAAAAAGGGUUUUUACAAAACACACUAACCACAUUUUAAUUAAAAUAGAGUUUAUUAUUAGCUUUUCUUUUAAUAUAAACGUGAGAAAGAAAAACCACCUGAAGUUGUAGCAUUCUUUUCAAAAUAAAACUGCAAUCAAUACCUGAAGCUCCAAGCUCCAAACUCCAUAAACCAUGUUUCUGGAGCUGGUAGAUUGAAAUAUUAAAAAUACCAUUAUUUAUCAUUUGUAUAGCUCUUUUC